AUGAGGCUCUACCUCCAGCUCUUUCUCUUCGCCUACCCUGUGGCGGCGCUCAAGGUGACGGUGCUCGGCGGCAGCGGCUUUGUCGGGUCGCGUUGCUGCAAGGCGCUCGUGGAGAAUGGCGUUAGCGUGACCUCAGUCUCGACGAGCGGCGCCGCGCCAGACUGGUGCGCUGGCCAGGAGUGGGCGCAGAGCGUCGAGUGGCGCAAGAACGAGCUGACGCGCGGGUCGCGCGAAAGCGUCGCGAUCGGCUCGCCCGACGCCGUCGUCAGCGCUGUCGGAGCCAUCGGCUUUGACCGGCAAGGGCUGCUGCUCGGCAACGGCGUCGCCAAUGUCGAAGCGGCCAGGGCCGCUGCGGCGGCGGGAGCGAAGCGCUACGUCUACAUCGGCGUCGCCUCUGAGGUCGCCGACGCGCGCGACUGGCUGCCCGGCUUCUUUGCGGGCUACUUUGACGGCAAGGCGGACGCUGAGGCGGCCAUCGCGGAUGGGUUCGAGGGGGCGAGCACCUUUGUGCGCCCGUCCUUCAUUUACGGCGGCGACUCGUUCGGCCUCUUCCCGCCGCGCGUCAGCGCCGGCUACGGCUCGGCGGUCGAGGAGCUGCUCUCCUUCCCGCCGCUCGAGGCCCUCGCCAACGUGCUGCCCGGCCUGCUCAAGGUGGCGCUGCGGCCGCCGGGCGUCACGGCGAUCAACGCGGCCGCGGGCGCCGAACCGGGCAAGGGCCUGAGCGAGAUGCUCGGCGCCCUCAAGGGCAAGAUUUUGAAAAAGACAGAAAACAGCGGCGCAAUCUUGGCAUGCGCGCCAUACAUCGAGAUCUCUGCGGGACACCAGUACCAGUAG